AUGAUUAGCUGCCAAGAGUACACCAACAAGCUCCGCCUAGCCGGUCCAGAGCGCAGCGUAUCCUGCACUCGGAUCAAAUCCUCUCACGACCUUCUCCUCUCCACCCAGCCCAGCAUGUGCGUACAGUGCGAGAGGGAGUGGGUCGAGAACCUUUUCUCCCACGGAAAUCAUCAGACCCAAACCUCCACUUCCUACCGGAAAAUUGAGGGCCUGGAUGCUAACCAGAUCAUUGAAGUUAAGGCACGCAUGGUGAGUGAUUCUACCCACAACGACAGGGACACAGGUAGUACUGACCACAGCGACAAUGGCCAGGUCUUCUUGGGUGCUGCCGUUGGUGAUUCGAGCAAUGGGGACGCGGGCGAUGCUGGCCACAGUGACAAUGGUCAGAAUUGCUUGCGUGCUGUUGCCGACGAAUCGGAGUCAGAUUGCAGAAACCUGGCGUGUCCCAAAAUGUCGUGUGCAACGGCGUUAAAGGUUGCUCGCACUAGUCUCGGUUUACAGGAAACAGCUGGAGAUCGUGACUCUUUUGUGCCUACAAUCGAUCGGACCAGUCCAGAUCAUUUCGUCAACAGUGGGUCUGAGAAGGACAGUGUUGAGAUUGAAUCGCUAGACGCCGAGGGCGCUGUAUGUACAUCCCCCAGUGAGGCAAGCAGCUGCGACACAGAAAGUUCUGGCUCUUCGCUCUGCGGAUCUUCGUUGAUUAGGUAUAAUGCAAUUAAGCUGAGAAUUGAAGAAUAUCUCGAGAAGCGUCAACAACAGCGGGAGAUGAACACUGACCACAAGCAGCCGGAUGCUGGAGCCUCCACCAUGGAAGAGAACUUUGACCAUGCUGACGUAGAUGACCCCCAUGUUGCUCUGGAGGACAAGCCUCCUACAGACCCAGUUGAUAACCCUGAAGUUGAUCAUCACUCUUGUGCCGAGCCCGCUCUUGACAUUGACCUUGUGCAGCAGCGUAUUGAAGCGACCAUCCUGAAGCGCAUCGAGGAAAACAACGAAAAGGAAGCCCAACAGGUAACCAUCUCCAAGCUCCUAGACAUCGCACUUCUAAAGAAGGACCAAGACGACCGGCGUGAGCGUGACCAUGAGCUGGGCAUCGAAGAGGAAACCCAUCUCUGGGACACAGAGACCCUUGAAAGAAUGUGGCAAGCAAAAGAUUCCACCGCUGAAGCUACCGCUAACGCCAGCAUCCCUGUCUCCCCCCACACCUGCACAUCCCCCAAGAGCCAACAGGCUCCACCAACCCUAGAUCUCCAGCCCCAGCCCCGGCCCCAGCCCCAGAAGCAUAUCUACAUGGGCAGCAUGUUCGCUGACCAAAAGUCCGCUUACCAACGAGGUCUGCGCGAGAUCCGGCCGUACGGUAGUUACUCCGGUGAGUGGGAAGGGUUCAUGCUCGCACAUUCUGAAGACGACGCAAACCGCCAGGGCCUACUUGAUCCAAUUCACGUGCGAGGAUGCUGCGCAGAGCGACGCGCCGACUUCCACCUUUACUAUGGAGUGAUGCAUGCCCCGUCAGAGGUGCACGCAGAAAAUCGUUGGCUGGAGGAUAUCCGCCGGAUCCCUGGCGAGGAUGGAAAAUUCUACGGGCUGUUGCGGGCGGAUAAUCUGCAGCACGCCCGGGCAAUGGGUCUCACUGAUAUCAUGCAUCCAUGGGGGUGUUGCAAGGAUGGGCUUUUUACGAUGCCGGAGCGCAUGCUUCAUCGGUACACUGGGUUUAUGUGUGCGGUCUCCCUAGAGGCGGUUGGACGUAUGGGUCUCUGUGAUGCAGAACCUGUUCCUGGGGAAUGUGGUGACUACUAUGGGGGGACUUAUAAUGGUUAUGUUGAGGCUUAUUGUGAGUUGGAGGCUUUUCAGAUGGGAUUGAAGGAGCCUGAACACGAUAAGGAUUGUUGUCCGAAGGCCAUCCCCGAGGCGGGGCAGUACACGUAUUACGGGUAUAUGUAUGCAGGUUCGGAGGAGGAGGUUGUGAAGAAGGGCCUGAAGGAUGUUCUGCUUGUUCCUGGAUUUGAUAUUAAGUAUUCUGGGUAUUUGCUGGCGAACUCCGAGGAGGAAGCGAAGGCCUUGGGACUUUUUGAGCCCUCACAUAUUGAGUGA